AGGAACAAAGCAAUAAAUUCCACGUCCAAGCAAAUAAACAUUACAACAACUCUCCAAAUUGUUAAUCUGGGUUCUGAUGGGUGCUCUCAAACUUGCAAGCGUGGUUGCGGUGAUGUGCAUGGUGCUUGUGACUGCACCCUUGACACAUGCGAUCACGUGCGGCCAAGUGACCAGUGCCAUAUCCCCAUGCAUAGGUUACCUUCGGGGUGGCGGCGGAGUGCCGCCGGCACAGUGCUGCGGAGGAGUGAGGAGACUCAACAGCGCGGCGAGGACCACCGGCGACCGCCGGACCGCGUGCAAUUGUCUGAAAUCCUUAGCUGCUUCCUUUUCUGGGCUUAAUUUGAAUACUGCAGCUUCACUCCCAGGAAGAUGUAGAAUGAGGAUCCCCUACAGGAUUAGCCCUUCCACCAACUGCAACAGGAUCAGGUGAUGGCUAAUUGAUCCGGAGAAGAAAAAAAAAUGGAAGGUGUAUGUAUUAUAUAUGACUGUGUCGUAGAACUAAAUAAAUCAAAGGGUGAUGAACACUUAUGAGAGUGUUCUUUGUAUCAUUGUGUAGUAACUUCAAACUUUGUUCCAGUUAUGUUACUGUGAUCACUGAAAUUUGUCCAUGUUGUUUGGUUUCAUUAAUAAUGGCAACCAUGUUUUUCUUUUUUU